UUAGUGUUAGGCAGUGCUUGCAGCCAGCUGAUUUCCAUACGUUGUCCUCCUCGAGAGACUUACUGGCAUUACAGAAGAAAGCUGGGGAAAUGUUUCUUCCUCAUGAUUUCUCACUUGUUGAUGCUUUCUACAGGGUUUCUAUCCAAAAGGAGAUUUCAGGGAGCAAGGUGGUCUGAGAAAGAGUGAAGCCAGCUCUUUCCAUGAGCGAGGGAAGUCCCUGUGGAGAGGGCAACGAGAACUUGAGCGUCCCCUGAGACAUUCCCCACCAUGUCUCAGCAAGGACAUGGCUGCUGUUCCUAUUCCUGCUCUGCGUAUGGAAAGAAGCAGCGCAGUGCUGUUCCCUGUGCUAGGAAGCAGCAGCCAGCAGGCUGCCAGAAAUCCAACAGUGCCUUGCAGUGCACAGGGGGACGCGAUGGGGACGGACCGUCCUUAGCACCAUGCAAAAGGAUGGAGCCUGCGCAUCCAUGGGAUGGUGCUGGGCAUGGGGGGAAACGGAAAGCCUCCCCAGAAGCUGAUACAAGCAGCCUUCCACUGAAGCACUGCUCUGUGGAAAGGCACAGGAGAAGCAUGGAAUGUGGCACAGCACCAAAGAGAGUGAGAGGUGCUGAGUCAAAUGGAGAGAGACGCAUGAAUGCAGUACAAGAAGUCUAUUCUGAAAGAGCUCAUCUAAGAACUGAAUCCAAAGCUCAUGUACGGGCUGGAGGGCUUCUUAGCAGAGCAGGUCCCAGUGAAGGGAGAAGACCAUCCCCUGCAGUGAGCCUCCACUCCCUCUCCAAGACCCUGCCUGAAAGAAAGCACAAGGACUUGGAAGGAGCAAAACAAGCAACAGAGCAGCUGCCUCCCUACAAAAGAGUGAGGAGUGAGUGCAGCAGGGAGAAGGCUCUGAGGAUGUAUCAGAGUGGGGACAGCGUGCUGCCUCCAGCAGCGCAGCCUGGGCCUGCUGCAGCGCAGAGCUCCAAGCGAAGAGCAAGAAGAAAAAGAAGAACAGGACAAAAAAAGAGGAGAGCGGAAAUGAUGAAGGCUUCUCUGAGAGCUGCUGCUGCACAUGCAGAGUCUUCCACAGUGAACAGUCUUGUGGAGAUGAUGCAAAAGCUGCAGCUGAAAGACUGACAGGAGGAGCAUCAGAAGGCAGAGGCAGUGCACAGCGUUACAGGGCAGCACUGCGAGUGCCACCCAACUCAGCAUCCAAGUCUUUUUCUGUUGCUGUCAAUCAAUAAACUGUCACGAUUAUGGACUCAGAAAGAGCACACGGCCUGAUUUGCUGAGCAACAUUCCAUGAGCUGGUGCAUGACCUCCCAUGUGCAACUCCCACAGCUCCAUCAGUGAACACUGGAAUUUAUCAAAGCAAUGGAUGCACCAAUCCCUUGCACUGCCCGCCAAUCCCUUGCACUGCCCACAAACACACUGUCUGCAAAGCACGUGCAAAGAGCUGUGAGCAGCACAGCUCGGCCAUGAGCACGCUAAGUUAGAGAACAGCUCUGUGCAGAUGUCUGAGUUCUCCUGGGGCAGCACUGAGCAUAAGUGAGCAUGUGCCCCUCACCCUGCAGGCAUCUCUGCUGGGGGAAGAGAGGCUCUGCCGGCCGCCUGAUCCCAGGAGGCAAAGGUGUUCUCCCACCUUCCCUGCAAUGGUUGCUUCCUUCAUCUUCCCCCGUCUUCAGCUGUUGUUAUACUACUUAUUCUACAGAUGGGGCUUGAGUGUCUGUCAUCAUGGCACAUCUUUGUUUUGGGUUGUAUCACUUUGGUUUUAAAAGCCUAAACUAAAAACUUCAGAGUGCACACUAAAUGAGGGGUCACAGCCCAUGGAAGUGGAGAACUUUUGGCAUGAAGGUGUUGUUUGGUUUUAUAAUGAGUGUAUAAUAGGCGAAGUUCACCUAAAGGAUGGCAUUUUGUCUAAAAAUGACACGUUUUUUCAAGACUAGCAGAAAUUCCUGGUUUUAGUUUGAUUACAUUUUGGUGUACAGAGCUCAUCAUUGGAGUCUUUUCUGCUGGGCUCUUUUUGAAGGAGGAAUGCUUCUUGGUGAGC